AUGACCAUCGUCCCCCUCAGCAAUCCCAACGGUGCCACCAUCACCACUUCCACCACCAGCACCGGCAAAACCCCUAUUCCCCUUCUCAUCAACAACCAAUCCGUCGUAACAGACAACCAAUUCAGCGUCCACAACCCCGGAACCAACCAAGUAGCCGACCUCUGCGUCGGCGCCACCGUCGACGAUGCCAUCCGCGCCGUCGACUCAGCCAAGGCUGCCUUUGCGCCCUGGAGCAAGACUACACCCUACGCCCGCCGCGACAUCCUGCUCCGCGCGGCGGAUAUCAUGCAGUCGCGGAAGGAGGAGUUGAUUGCGUACCAGAUGGAGGAGACGGGUGCUGGGCGGUUGUUCUCGGAGAAGACGUUUGAUUUGGGUGUUUCAUUCAUGAGGGAUACCGCGGGGAGGAUUCCGUCGAUUGAGGGUGCUGUUCCGUCUGUGUCGGAGAAUGGGGAGACGGCAAUGGUUUUUAAGGAGCCGUAUGGUGUGAUUUUGGGGAUUGCGCCUUGGAACGCCCCGUAUAUCCUCGGAACCCGCUCCAUUAUCCUUCCCCUCGCAGCCGGAAACACUGUCGUCCUCAAAGGCUCUGAGCUCUCUCCCAAAUGCUUCUGGGCUCUUGGCGAUAUCUACCGGGAAGCUGGUCUUCCCGCUGGUUGCGUGAACGUCGUCUACCACAAGACCUCUGAUGCUGCGACUGUGACCAAUGCGCUUAUCGCGCACCCGGCUGUGCGCAAGAUCAACUUUACUGGAAGCAGCCAUGUUGGUUCGAUUGUUGCUGCUACUGCGGGUAAAUAUAUUAAGCCGGUGCUGCUGGAGUUGGGUGGAAAGGCCGCGGCUGUUGUCUUGGAUGAUGCCAAUAUGGAGCAGGCCGCUAUGGCUUGCACGUUGGGUGCAUUUUUGCAUUCCGGCCAAGUCUGCAUGUCUACGGAGCGCAUCAUCGUCCAGCGCUCAAUCGCAGGCCAAUUCCGCCAACUGCUCGCCGAAACCGCCGAAAAGGUCUUUGGCCAGCACGCCCCCGCGCCCGUCCUUGUUGCCUCUGCCGCAGUUGAAAGGAACAAGAAACUCGUCGCGGACGCCGUCUCCAAGGGCGCCUCCGUGCUCUUCGGCAACCCCGCCGCCUUCGAAACCAACCCCUACAGCAUGAGGCCCCUGAUUGUGGACGGCGUCACCAAGGACAUGGACCUCUACACGACAGAAUCCUUCGGACCCACCGUUUCCCUGAUCGAAGUCGACACCGAAGACGACGCUGUCGCAUUGGCCAAUGACUCCGAGUACGGCCUGACCUCUGCGGUGUUCACGGGUAACCUCUUCCGGGGACUGCGCGUGGCGAGACAGAUCGAGUCUGGCGCUGUGCAUAUUAACUCGUUGACUAUCCAUGAUGAACCUGUGUUGCCGCAUGGUGGGUACAAGAGCAGUGGGCUUGGACGGUUUGGUGGUACAAAGGGAUAUGAGGAGUUUUUGCAGACGAAGACCGUUACUUGGGUGGAGCCGUGA